AUGCUCGAGUCAUUCUUGCUGCCGUACUUCAACACGGCCCUUUCUGCGGUGUUUGAGGACCUUGAGCCUCACCAGCUAUACGCAUCUAUUUUGGGGGGUAGCCUGGUCUUGCGAAACCUGAAGCUGAAAGCAGAUGCUUUGGCAGCGCUUUCCAUACCGGUGGACGUAACAUAUGGGCAUAUAGCGAAGCUCGAGGUGAAAGCCCUGCGGGACCAGCAACGAAACCUCACUCUCUUGACGGACGAAUGUUUGACGUAUGCUCGGGAAGAAUCAGGUCUUCCCUCUGUACUGCAAAGAGCAGUGUAUGCCAUUAUUCAACGAAUCCAGUUGUCAGUUAGCAGGUUGGAAGUGAGAUUGGAAGACACGGAAACAGCACCAGGGCAGCACUUUGCUUUUGGUUUACGAGCAACGCGCCUGUAUAACGUUCGGUGUGAUUCCAACUGGGAAGCAGAGGGCCAGUCUUCCGCAGCAAUCCUCGCAACGUCCAACAGCAGCGCCGGUCAUCCUCCAGCCUCAAAUACUAAUUCUUGUCAGAGUUGGUUUGACUGGCUAAAAUCUUUUGGGGGUCGCCAGGGAAACAACGAGUCCCCUGAGAAUAAGAUUCCAGAGUCAUUCCACUUGAAGACGGUAAUGGAAGGCGCUUGCAUAUAUCUAGACCCCAUCAAUAAUGGCCACGAGCAAGCCUCGUGGAUUCCUUUCCCAGCCUUGUACAGAGCAGGGAUAACUGAAGACCUGCAGAGGUACCUUGUUCUGGAUGACCACUCUUCUAAUGCAAAAGAGGUUACAGCUUGGUCCGUUAUUAGAAAACCAGGGCAAGGCGAGGGCCAAGGCACUGCGUCUGUCGUGCCAGUAAGCAGACUCAGGCAAACUGUGUUGGGUAGAAAAAUGCGGAGCGCUGCCAAAUCUGGCGAUUCCGCAUCCACAUCAGAUGAAAAACGGCCACAGGAAGUAGGUAGCAUAAAAAACGGUGAUGCAAACUCUAGUCCUCCUGCUCCAUUGGGGGCACCCCAAGCUACUGAAGCAGGCUCGCCUAAUAAUCAUCAGCAGGACAAGUCACCUGAAUUUAUUCGAUUUAGCGACUUGUACUGCCCAGAGGUGAUGUGGCAAAUUGCCAAUCGUACAGCUCCCCAUCAUAUGUACAUUCUAAAGCCAGGAGAGGUGGAACUCAGAGUGAGAUGCGUACAGCGACCUACAGCUCCCUCUCCAGGGUGUGAAAAAACCUUCUUUCGUCCUUUUCCAACGGCUUCGCACUUGAGGUUAGCAGGCGAUGACGGCAAUAGUGGGACUUCCACAGCGAAGGCAGGGGCAACGGCCGAACUUGAGGAGGAGCCACUGCCAGCACUCACCAUCAUUGUCGUCUCUCGGAAUAGCCUUUUGCAGCUUACAACGUUUCAGGUAGCCUGCCUUUUCCGUUGGGUACACUAUGCUGUCAUCUUAUACCAAGAGGUCGUCUCAGGCGUCUAUGCGGAAUGCCUAGACCUCACACCAACAGAAGAUGAAAUGGCGAAUUACCGGUAUGCCUGGCGCCGCCAUCUCGUGCGCUACGCUUUGAGUGCCACAAAUAGCGGAAAGGCGCUUAACGUGCAAAUAAGGGCAGGGCAAAGUAGAGCAGCAUUUACCCCUGCGAGCGGUGUGGAAGAAAGGGACUGGGAGGCGGAAGGAGCUGCUGAUGAAAAGCUUAUUCAAGAAUUCGAGGCAAAGUAUUGGCCAACAGUAAUUCUUCCCUUGCGGCAGUUGGCGCUUCAAGACCUAAAGCAGAAAGUCUGCCUCGCUCAGACUCCUCGUGUCGCCACCCGCUCCCAGCAACAAUUCACAGUAGGUGGUGACAAAACAAUUUUCUAUCGAACGUUGGAAGGAGGACAGUCACUAGGCGGGGCAUACUGCAGUGAUGCUGAUGCUGCAGAACGCAUCAUUGCUUCUUCUAGUAAUGAGGCAGAGACUGACCCAGUGCAAGGGCUAAUAGAGGAAAUGGCAGACGAAGUGUCUGUGGCUUCUGAAGCCGAGCUACAGAUGAUUAAAUGCAUAGAACAAAUGCAGCCUUGUCGGUUUUCCAAGAGCGUCCAGUUCGUCGUGCAUUUUUAUGCUCUAGAGGUGACACUAGCCGCUGCGUACGAAGCCCCUGCAUGCAUACGUGUAAAAUUUGAUGAGCUAUAUACCCACAGUGCAAUGUACUAUGACCUGCGCAUGCAAAUGGUUGCUGCGUUUGAGGGUGUCCAAAUCACUGACAACCUGAUGCCCAACUUAGUCCAUCGUCGGGUGCUAGUCAGCCAGUCGUGUACAAAAUCCCAGACGGAAGACCAUACGUUAGCUGAAGCAUGGAAAGGGCCGACCAGGGACACUCCCACUAAUGCUCUGCUCCCUUCGUACGGAUGUGCGAGUUGUGGGUCUAAGCGUAUUCAUGGAACGCCUCCGUUAUCGCCGCUUCAACCAGUUAACACUGCAUGCAUCCUAGACUGGAGCAUGAACUGCGUACGCCAAGGCGGAUGUGCAUUAGAAUAUUCGAGGAAAGAAUGCGAAGGCGAGAUGCGCGCUAGUCAGGAGGCCCCUGCAGGAGGGUGGCUACGCAUUGACAAGUCCUAUGUGCCUCUAGAAGGUAUCCCGGAUAUACGCUUAUACCUUCAGACACAUGGUUCGCUCCUUUGCACAAUAACACCAGCUGCACUAGCAUAUCUUGUCGAGGCUCUACAACAACCAGUUCAUAUGGUGGAAGGAAGCAGCAUUCUGGAGGCAGCUAGCAGAGAAGUCCAAGACGCAUUGCACAGAAAUGAACUAUUUCUGUCCCAGCUGCUUAUUGGGGAAGUUGACCACCCAACGAUUGAUGUAUGCGUGGAUAUCCCGGUUUCACACAAGUUGCUCGUUCCCUUUAGCCAUGAGAACUUGCAGUGCCGUGGCGUCCUCUUUCAGUCCGGAUUAGUGUCGGUUGAUAGCCGCUUAAAACGGCCGGAGCAACAGCGCUUUGCACCCGGUCACACAUGCAUUAGCAAAGCCUACGACAGAUAUUCGAUCAUGAUUACGGGGGCCUGCUUGCAGCGAGUAAUAAAUUGCCAGCAGGUUGGGUGCGGCCAGUCUGCCUUCCAAAUCGUCUCGCCUUCUCUGUUGAAUGGGAAAACAAACAAUGCAAAACGAUCUGCAGGAGCCUUAGCGGAGGUAGGCACAACUGAAAUCGACCCUCACAACCGCUCUUCAUAUGCAGGGCCAAACUGCAGAUGGCGGGAGGAACUCCGGACGAGCUCUGCCGCUGGGCGCCACAGGGAAUCGAUGUGUGACAGCACCGACAACCGGGUAGAAAUGGUUGACGGGCCAGUGACUUACGAAGCAUGUGAAACAAAUGACCGGCUCGAAACCUCAGAAACCAUGGAGGAGAGUGGAAAAACCUAUAUUAUGUGGCCAAUAGGAUUAGUUGCGAACAUUGACGUCUGCAACAAUCUUCAUAGUCUUACUGACUUACCCGCGUUCUCAAUAACCUUCCAAGACCAAGACUUCAGUGGCGUUUGUAUUACGUUGACAGACAAGGAUAUCGUGGCUUUCACCGGAUUCCUCGCACAAGCGCAAGCUGUGCUGGAGAUUGUUGUUCCAUUGUGGAAUGCACCAUUGGCGGCUGAUGACAACUUGGAUACCCAUUCUUUCUCUAGCACAAGCUCCGCCACGUUGAAGUCAUCGGAGCAGGGGGAUUCAUGCACAACGGAAAUCCACUUGCUUGAGUCUCUUUCAAGUAUCAAAAAGGAUCGAGCGCUUUGGGGGAGAGGGGCAGCAGACAUAAUCCGGCUUUAUAGCAAUCGCGCCAAUCGUAGAACUGUACGUGAUGCGACGGCCGGAGGCCUAAGCGAUUCCUCUGGAAGAGGGAGCAUGGACUACUUAAGCAACAUAGAGAAAAGCUCUGCCUUUAGGCGAGUUGCAUUUUAUCUCCAUCGCAGUCUACAUAACUCUGGCGUUCCCGGGUCAAACCACCCAAUCCUUCGUAAGCGUGCCGAGCACAUGCUCUCCACUACCCGCAUACGGCAAGCUGGACCGAGAUUCCCUGACAGGGAACCAUCUUCGCUCGAAAAUACCAGUAGCACAAACCUGCAGCCCGUUGAGCUCAGCUGCAACCCAAUGCUGCGGCGGUCUUCUUCGUUCGAGGAGGUGGAUUGCAAAUGCGGCAAUUGCCUUGAACUGGAGAGCGAAUUCAGUCGAAGCGUAUUGCGUAAGGAUGAAACUCUAGAAGCGCCUCCAGCAGCGCAACAUGCAACUCAGCAGGGUGCUGCGAACGGUCUAAUUGGAUUCGACGUAAGAUUGGGUCUGUCAACUCUCGAAUUUCGACUUUGCAAGGAAGAAGGCACAGUUGUUCUUGCGGCCAGAGGCGCAGCUGAACAUGUGGCUAGCUCGACGGGGAAACGCCCAAGGAGCCUCGGCAACAAUGUACUUGUAAAGUGCAUUGUGGGCAACUCGCAAAUCCGGCUGAGUUGUCCAUCUCAGAGCACAUGCACCGCUUGCAUGGCAACCUUAGAUGAGGUGUACGUUUCCCUUGGACGCCCCGUUUCGGCUGACCCACCUGAGCUUGUCCUUCCUGAAACUAGCUGGGGAAGCUAUGACUAUUCGAGAGGAAUGAGCGAUGCAGUCGUCGGAGACAAACACUAUCAACGCACUUGUUUUUCACGGCGCAUUUCGACUGCCGAAGGCUGUGUAGCAAGUGGGCCAGCACAUAUGGGCCACUUGCCUACGAAUUCAGAUCCGCGUGGCCUUUGCCCUUCAACGUUUUCACUUCAUCAGUCUUGGUUCGCACCGCUGUUCCAGUUUAUGCCACCCUUGAAUAUUAACCCCACCGAUGUUGAGCAAGCUGCUGCUGACGUUGCCACCGCCCUUUCCGAAGCUGCAAAUUCUCAUGGCCAAUCUUGUUCAAGGGUAAUGCUACCUUCUGCAACUGUCUUGGCGCUUCGACGAGCAUUUGCGAGCAAACGGUUGAGGAUAACGACUCGCUGGAUGUUCCCACCUCCGUAUCCAGGAGAGCGGUAUCGCGAUGAUGACAGAACAGAAAAUCCAGAGUCACCGUGGGAAGUGGAAGAACAACAGUCCAGAUACACUCCACUACUUAGUGGCAGGAUAUGUGACGAAAGUAGCACUUCGCAAGAUACCAUCAGUGGCGAAACUGCUGCGAACGCUGCUGGACAGGCCAAUUUGAGCGUUUCCCCCCGUAGUCUCUACUCGCACAUCAAGAGCGCUGCAGAGGAGGAGGUGCUGGUCGAGGACCUGGUGGGAGGCCGAUACUUUUUCAUACCUGCUUGCUUGCACGCAGCGAUAGUAUCGAAGAAAGCCUGGCAGGCACUAGCAACGAAAGCGCCAGCUGUUUCCGUUGAAGCCUCGUUGUGCCUUAAAGCGCUUAUAUAUUCCUUGGAUCUCCGAUGCACCCCUCUCAGGGUAACGCUUGACUGGGGGGUUCUUUCAGAACUUAUCGGUCUUGCAGAGGGAGUUGUCUGCGAGGCUAGUAAAAGCUAUGCAGCAGCUACUCCACGGUCUGCGGCUGCACCGAAUGCGGCGGCCAAAUUUCCCGUUAAUCCGCCUCCAUUUCAGCGGCGUAACCUCGGUUGCGUGUCUUUUGAAAAGGACGAGCCUACUGCAGGGCUUGCAAAUAAAAACGAGAAAGACGCGCGUAGCAAGUGGAAUAGUGAUAGUCUGGACGUUGUCCUUUUUAUGCAAAAUGGUGGCAAACUUCCAUGGAGAGUCCGGGUUAGCAUGCUUAUCGAUCACUGCGAUGUGGUUUUGCCUACCAGCACGCCUUCGCCGUAUUCCAGCUGUCCCCUAUCCCCAACAUUUUUUAGUGAAGCCCAAAUGAUGUGGGCGGAGCAAAUUCCAAGCCUAAUUACGCGGCAUCCAACGCGUCGAAGAAGUCUUUUGGAGGCGCCUCCAGUAUCUCGAAGACUUCAGUCCCACAGCACUGGUUUAGCGCUGCACCAAGACUCCAGUUCCAUGGCAUUGUGCGGGCUGGACAGCGUUGAUGGCUUCCCCGCUUCCUUCAGGCAAGGCGGGCGAAACAAGGGAGCAGAGACGGACACACCGUCAAGAGAAGGGACCCACGAUUUAUUGGAGGCAAUUCUAGCUACAGCACCUCCUCUUUACGUCCUUUCCUUUUCUUUUGCCACUUCCUUUUAUUCGGAGUGCCACUCACUCGUACAUGCUGGGUUGACAGCUUCUUGUCAAGCAGAGCCUGGAUGCUCCCAAGAGGUAGUGAGACCUACCAGAGUGCAAAAAACCGUGAGGCUCUUGGGAAACAUAAAUCAACUACGGGCGGAACUAUUGCAAGGCACAGGCGGCCCUGACAAAGCUCUGACUCAUUUGGUUGAACUACUGCAGAGGGCAUUGGGGCUACCUGAGCCAGAAAGCGUAGGUCGCCCACCCCUUGGAGGUUGCUUGAGGCCCACAGGAUUCGGAGUUCCGAACGUGUCUCCCUUAACGCUUCUCGAUGGCCACCGAAUUGCACGUAACCUGUCUUGCACCGCUACGAGGGAAAGAUCUGCUUCUUUAACAGCAUCGCAACUAUUUGCUGAUCCCGUUAUAGAGCCCCGCUCAACAUGCGGUUCCAGCCAACCUAGUAGGGGUUUCCGCUCCACUAUGGAACCCAGCCGCAAAGGAAGGGUUGGUAAUCGGGCAGUGAUCACUGUACAAAGGCACGGGAUCAUUGAUGGGUGUCGCUGCCGAGUGACAGCCUGCUUCAGGACGGCAGAAUCGAAGUGUGCGGAAUGCAUUUCUACCGUGGGACGAACGGAGCAAACUCCGUCGCGCAGCUUGCCGGAUGGAACAAGCCUAGAAAAGGUUACUGGUGCAGGAUUGACAGAACCAAGAUGCUGCGACGCAACAAAUGCUUACAGACGGAGACCAAACUACUUCGAGAACAACGGAGAAGUAGUAGUCGAUCUGGAGCCUCUGGUGCUUCUGCAAAAGCUUUUUAUGCCAGCUCCUCCGACAGCCUCAUCGCCGCAAAUUGAAACAGCAGGGACGCACUUUGGGACGAAGUAUGCUGACGUAUGUGCCAAACUAUCAGAAGUAAAUGGCACGACGACAACAGCUAGCAAGCGUCCGCGCAUCUGCGUCACUGCGGAGCCAUCUGGUGACGCAGGAGCACCAGAUGACCAUCGCCAACAGCCACGUCUGACAACGCCUUGCCGGGUUCAAAAAAAUGGCGAAGCACUGCUUGCCAACGCCAGUGUUGCUGCUGUGUCAUCACCGGAGAUUGCAGGAAAAGUGCAAUCUUCUUUUGAAACCGCAGAAUCUUCGUUUUCUUCCUCCGUUAUCGAGGGUUCCGUCCCUAUUGCGGACGCAAUACAAGGUGUGGGAGUCAAUGAAGGCUUUGGCGAAGGCACUAGAGGCAGCUCGCCGGUCUCAGAAAGCAAAGGAAAAAACGCUGAAUGCCAUGUGGGGUCUAGGCAGCGUACACAUGCCACACUUGAAGAUAAUACGCAGGACAAGGAGGAUACAGGAAACACCUUGUCUUUGUUUUGGAAGUUAGUAAACUCUCUUGGCGCCGUUCUUAUCCUGAAAAUACAGAUGGAGUGCAUCCAAUUUGAAAGCCCCUCUCUGCAUUUCACCGUGGAGGACCUAGAAGUUCGCUGUGGUCUCGACUUCUGCAGGUUCCCUCGCUUCCUUGAAGCGUCCCAUCUUAAGGCGGCCCCAGAAAGUUACACGUACAUGAGGAACGCCAAACGAACGCGACAGAGGUCGGUAGCUGCCCGGCUUUCACUGAAGCGUCUUCCACCAGAAGAAGCCACUCUCCCUAUGCCGCAGGCGUCGCAGGGAAGGCAGCAAUUCGGACAAGCUGCACUCAAAAAGCCUACAAAGCUACCAGUAUCUCCAAGUGACAUGACCAAGGGAGAUGCGAGGGAACAGAAGGAAGUUUCGCUAGGCAUUACGAUGAUGUUCUCUGCCGAAGCUCUGCAUAAGGAAAGAAUAGCCCUUGAAUCUAUCGUGGAACCAUGCCAAUGCUCCGUGGACCUUCGAUAUACUCCAGGGGAUCUUCUGCUAAAGACGCUAUCAACUCACCCUCCAGCAGAGAAAGGCGCAAGCCAUUUCACAGGGCGGCCUACAGUGUUAAAGAGAGCAAAGUCUGUAUGGGCGUCCGGGGCACAUGUGAAGGAUUCCAGAGCAAGAGAUGGACAGCAACGUUCCUUUCUCUUAAACCCCAAGCUGGAGAGGAGGACAAAAUACAUGCAAAACAGCCUGAGCUACCGUGCUUCGGAGGUGGACUCGGCAGCUGCCGAGGCAAGAAAAGGCCUUGAGACGCAGGCCCAUGUCUACCAGUGGAUGAAGGAUGCCAGUAGUCGCAGUACAAAACUUCAGCAGCUCGCGAAGACUUGGGGCAAAUACGGGACAGAGGUCUGCGCAGAAGUCUACUGCUCCUGGAUUAACGUGACAGCAGCGCCUUUCCUCAUGGACGCAGUGCUGGACACUGCUAACCUCAUCGAGGCAGCUCAGCGAGCAUUGCAAGAACAACUCAGCAAAGUAAACAUGACAGGCCUGCUAUUACUUGUCCACAUCCCGAAUCCAGAAAGGCGAACCCCAGAGGCACAGGGAGAGGAAAGCAACUCGCUAAUGCUGGAUCACCACCUCGUGACAGAUGGUUUUGGCAUCAUGCGCAGAAGAGCUUUUGCAACGAUUCCCGUGGCAGCAAGGGAUUCUUCAUCAACUACUUCACAAGGCGCUGGAGAAGAUGAGCACAACUACAGCAAUUCCUUGGACGGAAGCUUAGACAAUACAGCCGCCUGUGACAACCAGUUCAACACUUCACCCGGAACACAGGCAGCCACAGAAAAUAUGACUGGAGGGUGGAGGCCGGUGUAUCAUGGCGAAAGCUUACAAAUACCUUUAGACGACCACGGGCAGACCAGGAAGGUGGUGGUCCGCCUGCAAAUUGCGGGGUCCGAAUUUGAGAUAGAUGACUUGAGCCUCGAUGGGACCCAAGUGUCCGUCUUUCCCCAUCCUGCCAUAGCUGUUCGUGACACGCCUGCCGAAGGCUCUUCAACUGCAUCCUCGAGUUAUUCCGCCGACGACCGGCAGAACGUCGAGGAACCAAAAGGCCGUUUAACGUCCUUAAGAAGACAUGUGAGCCCGAAGGAAAACGCAGAUGAAGGAAAUUUCCCGCGCUCCCCCGUCAGCGCGGAAUCGUCCGCAGCAGAGCCAUUGGUCCACGGAGACCUCCAAACCACCGCAUCACACGCACAUCCUGAUGACAGCAGCGAAGGUAUCUCCAGCCAGACGCCCUCAAGGGAUGGAAGAUCUGCAGACGAAGACGCAACCGUCUCGUCUUGCUGCCCAUUGAGCAUUCAAGAACAUGGGGGCGUCGCACACGUUCCUUUAUCUUGGAUCCUUCCUAGAGCCGUUGCGGCACACAGACUGGGAUACUUGGGCUUAGACAGAACCUGCGAGGGUUCCUUUUCGGAACCCCGAGAGUCCUCAGCGAAGCCGGACCCACUUGCCUCUAGCCCCAAAACCGAGGGUAAGCCAGCCGCAAAAUCUACCGACGCCAUUCCACAAACCUCCAAUUCUCCAUUCUUCUGGAGGCAAAAGAACCUGACAGACCAAAAGAACCGUGGAGCAGCUGUGAUGACUGUCCCCUUAACCAGCAUUAAGAUACAUGGGAAGGUUUCUGGGGCUCGUGGCCUACGGGCGGCCUCGUCGGAAGUCGUAGAUGCCUUUCCAAAUUUAUACAAGUGUGCAGUAGAAAAGUGGAAAGGUGACAUGGCCGUUGAACCCUUGUAUAUUAUCCCCUCGUCCUGCAUCAUUGCGGCGCUCGGACUAGAAGAAAAUGACUCGGAUUAUAGGAGGACCAACGGCGACGGCAGUAAUCUUCACCCAAAGAGUAGCUGGCAAAGGCUGACGACGGAUUCUAGGAGCUACCUCAUUUCUUUCCUUUCGAACAAGCAAUCCAACCCUCCUGAUUACGAUGCCAAGGGAAUGGGAGCCAAGGUAAAUGACGGAACCUCGCUGUACCACGCUUUUGAUUCCCUGUCCGCUGACUUGUGUACUGUUCUUCCAAAACUUCAGGGCUACUUUGACUUUUAUUCACUUGCUCGCUCUCUCGGAGCAAAGCCUCUUCUGGAGCACGGCACCCUUCAACAAAUUGCGCUGGAAACCAGUCACAGUAUUUUUUCCUUCGACUGCCGGCCCCAGGUUUUGGAAUUUUCCCACAGAUCAACUUCACGCACUGCUGACGCAGAUGCGACUGGUGAUAUCAUCGACAACACCUUGGAACAAUCAACGCAUGUUAAUAUCAACAACGUUGAACCGAGCUCGGUAGUCUCUACUGCAAUUGCCGUUACAGUUUAUGGCCAGUCGCGAGACUUGGUGUCUGAAUCAGACCCGCUUUUCUUUGAAGUGGGGCUCAACGCACCCAUAUGUCUUGGAAAUCGGCUCUUUGAACCUCUUCGGGUGUCAGUUAUCCCCAAUAACUCGGCAACGGUACAGCGGCAUCCUGCAGGAGGUGCAGCUCUGGACCACCAGGAACGGUUGCUCCCUUAUGCAGGCAUCCCCGCGGGGGGUGACGUCAAUAUCCAAAGGGCUGCUAGCGGGAUUGCGUUCGAGUUGGAGACCACCGCUUGUGGGUCGGAAUACCGGCAUAUUUAUGAGUCCAAGCCUUUGUUGUUCGAUUGCCAUUCGCCGGCUCCUGCGAGUGCGGUGGACCUUGCAGUAUGCUUCGUCCGGUCUCGUAUCCUUGAUAGCUCUGGAAACAGAAUACAACAACACUCAGCAGUGUACCGGCACGUUUCCAGGCAUCAGCCGGCAGAGUUUUCUGUACAGGCUGAAGUCCUGGGAUGGGUUCAGCAAAGUGCCAGUUCCUCGAGUGUCGGAUCAUGUGAUAGUAAUUCAUCUGCAUGCGACUAUGCGGGCCUAACGAAUAUCAAGAGGCACAUGUGGUGCACAUGCGUGAGAAUGAUUCGGAUAUUUGCACCCUUCUGGUUGGUUAACCGGCAGCCUGAAGCUCUGGUUGUGUCAUACUGCCGCCGCCCAAUUCAGUAUUUGCCUUCCUUCGACUGGAGACUCCUGGGGGUGCCUUCGCAAGGCAAAGCAUAUCUCGCUCUUGGAAUUGCUCCUGAUGACGAGGCAGCUCACCUUCUUGCGCAAAAAGACCCCACGAGCCCAGCUCUGGCUGAAGAUAUCAAGGCUGCGCGUUCAAGGAGGGGGACAAGCGCAAAGUUGAGUCCCCCAUUUCGCGCUGACAUUGUCGGCCGUCCUACGACCGUUUCUGUCCACAUGCAGACUUUAGGGGAGGCUCCCUACAGGGAGAGUUCGAGAAAAUCGCGUCACUUUGGAGUAACCGUGGCCUUGGCUCCCCCGCCCUUCUCCCGCUCCAGAAUAAUCAGCGUCCACAGCCGCUUCAUACUCAAGAAUUGCCUUGCAAGUGACAUGUGGGUAAGGGAGACAAAUGGCAAUGCUCCCCCUCUUCGUCUCGCUCCAGGGUGUCAAUGCGCAUUCCAUCCGCAGGCUUUAGGACCCCGUGGCGAAGCCCUCAUAUGCAUCACCAAAACGGACCCUGCAUUCAUUGAAAACCUUGCAAAAACAGAUGCAGCUGCUACCAUGCGUCCAGAGAAUUCGCAUCCUGAUGGAAUUCCAAAGGCCCAGACUAUAGAAAGGGUUGUGUGGUCUUCCCAGCUGUCGGUUUCCCGCAGCGCCUCAUUUCAAAUUCGUUUGAAAACACCAGGAGACUCUUUGCUUGGCUGUGGGGGGUCUACCCAUCGGCACUUACCUCGAGGUCUAUUUGCAAAGGGCGGCAGGGCCCUGUCGUGGGAACACCACAACAUUCAUAUUGGCAUUCGGUCUCUGGAGAACGCUGCAUAUGCUGUGGUGUUCAGUGAACCUUUAGCCUCUGAGUACCUUUUGGUUAACAACACUAACCACAUAAUUGCUUUUGCGCAGAGUGGCAUUCGAACUAAACACGUUUGGGAGGUCCUAGACAGGGGCAACCAAGUCGAUUACGCAUGGACGGAUCCCCAGCGUGAAAGAAAGUCCCUGCGGUUUUCGUUCUGGGAUCAGAACCAGAAGGUGGUGAAGACAUGCGACAUUGCCCGAGUUCGAGUCCACCGACCUCUAACUUUGCCAAAUUCAAAAGAAAAAAUUUAUUUUGUUACGGACGUUCGCGGCAGCAGGAGGCGAGUGACUGUCACACUCGAUGAGCCUUCUGCCUCAAUGAAGAACGCUCUCGGAGCACGCAAAGUUUGGAAGAGUUUGCAGCAUGACCUUCUCAAGAUCCGCCGAAAGAAGGUGCAAAACCCACUAGAGAGAGAGACCAACGCAUGCACCCUAACUCAUCCCUAUUCACUUGCUGAUGCAUGCACGUCAGUUUCUGAAAGUAGGAAGCUGACUGUUCCCAGUGGUGAGCGACAGCUUUUGGUGACGGCUCGAGAACCGAAGAUAGGGGAAGAAGAUGAAACUGCACUAGGUGUCCCGUUCAGCCUAGCAACUCUUCCCAAAGAUCGGCCGCCUCAGCGUAAAAUGCUUAGGUUUCAGAAGAGGGAGAUGUUGGGACGCAAGCUACGGAUUAGCGCCCUUGCUUGCGGGGGGGAGAGCUCCUCCGGGUCCUCCCUGCUUGCUGAAGAUACAGUAGCUCAUUCAGAGCCACGUGCGCCAACAGGAUCUAGUGAGUCUCAUGGGACAGACUCGAGGGAAGCCCGAACGCCAGUGUCCUCGACAUCAAGCGAGAUGAACCAAGUUGACGAGCCAUGCAGAGACACUUCGCUGCCGGAGAUGGGCUUUUAUGGGGGCAUCUUUAUUCAAGGAUUUGGCAUGUCCUUGGUAGACUCCACUCCUCAUGAACUCGCAUAUUUCUGCGUGUCGGGAAUUCGUUUUGAGGUGGGGAGACUCCAUAAAGCAAGCGUACACGACAUCCGCUUCUCGAUAAAAUCCCUUCAGAUAGACAACGGCGUUCCAGGAGCUCAACACCGAACGAUCGUGAGGCAUGCAACACUGGAAGAACGGGCGGAACGGCAUGGAGAAAGCAAAUUAGUCCUUUCAGGAGAUGGAUCCAUGGCAGGAGGUGCCUCUGAAGGCAUGUUAUGUUCCGUUCCUAAGCCUGUUACAGCGUGGGAUCCAUUGGAAGAUGGCGAAGGGGAGGAUCAAAGUCCCUUUUUCCGUUUUCAGCUAGGUGGCCAAUGGAGGGAUGAGGCGACGCUGCUAGAUUAUGUUGAUGUCGAGCUUGCACCCAUAGCAGUACACGUAGAGGCGGACACUACAUCUGUGCUCCUUCGCUUCCUUAUGCAGCUGGUACAAAACCGGACCUUCUUCCUCCUGUCAUUGCAAGAGCACAACAUACAGUUGGUGCAAGACGCAGCUGCAAAUAAUGUCAACACUUCUGGGUACCAGCAGCUCCGAGCCUUCCCGCAAACCACAGUUCCCGUCGCAGCUAGCCUUAAGCCUCUGUACAUCCAUGAACUUGCGAUACGGCCUAUGCUGAUCAUCUUCUCAACUCGCUCCCAACGCCUGCAGAGGGGACGCGCUACCGCGGGCCACGGAGACUUGGUGGCUAUACGCCAGUUCCAAGUUCUUGGUGAUCGAAUGACUGACAUAACGAAUUUCCCAAUGAAGUCCCGACUCCUUGCUCAGCAGUGUGUUUUUACAAAUGCUGAGCAGCUCGUGACUGACAUAGGAUAUUCGUACAUUCAGCAAUGCAUCUGGCAGCUCCACAAACUGGUUGCGUCGAUAGAUGUAAUCGGAAACCCUCUUCGCCUAAUCACUGGAGUUUCUUCCAGCUUGCGGCUCGCCACUGCGCAUCAAUCUGACGAGGCUUCGAUUGCUGAGCCAAAAACGUGGAGGGCGAUUCACUGCGUCUCAACAUUGGUGCUCAACUUCGCUAGCGAAUUUUUUACCUCCAUUAGCAACAUAUCUGGCGGCCUUGCAAACCUUUUGAAAUUGUUGGGCCUCACAGAUCUACAAGGUAUUUUAUCAAUUUGGCCCGAAUCCAUUAGGGUGCCCCGUGCGCGGAUCGAACGGCCAGAAACAUUGCUGGAUGGCAUAUAUGCUGGUUGCAUCGGAUUUGUCCAGAUAGUUGGAGGAUCCGUACUUGGCAUAAGGGACAUUUGCGACCACAGUGCACUAGAAUACGGCCUUUGGCGGUUUUGCACGGACACUGCACAGCGAAUAGUAUUUGUUCUAACUUCUCCCGCCGUUGCAAUUCUCGUGUUCGUCGCAGCUGUUGCUGCAGGAAUCAGCAGUGCUUUGCGGCACAAAUCUGUAAUUGAGAAAACCCGACCACGCCGUGUGUUUCCGCCAGAAAUGACUGUGUCACAAUACAGACUUCAUACAUCACGUGCCAUGACUUUACUGGAGGCAAGCACGAAAAAGAGCCUUGUGCCAGGGACGUUACAGUCUGGCAUCGUUGCUUACCCACUACCACAAUCCCGCGCGCCCCGCCCCCGCAGGCAACAUCAUGGAGAAGAAAGCAAGAGAAAUCUCGCCAAGGACUAUUUGCUCGUCACUUCCGACUUUGUGGUCUGCCUGCGCGACGGAAAAGCUCAGUGGGUCUGCCGCAAGGAGGACAUUCAGGAAUGUAGCGUGAACAUGCCAGCAUAUAUAUUUGGCGCACUACUCGCCCAACAAGAUCUGUUCGUACGAAAUAGAGAGAAGCCUGAGGCUGCUUAUGCUCCUGAAGUUGAGCCACAUGGAUUGGAAACGCACGAACGAGCUUCUUACGACCAAGGCAGCUCAUGCAUUGUGCACGUAAAAGUUACCAACCAGCUAAGGCUGCCAGAGGACGUCCUUCGCAGCUUCUCAGCGGCAUACAAGGCAUAUCUACGCCACGCCACUGCCAAACGCAGUGUCGUUCAGGCAUUAAGGGACAAUUUCAAGGCUCACUUUGGCGGCAGCGACCCGAGCACCGUUCGCCAUCUUCACUCAAGCCAGGCACGCGUCCCACAUCAGCAAAAUAGAACCGCUGGAACCAGGGACAGCGAUGCCGUCCCUCUACUCGUUGAGGAUAUGGCUUGCAUUCUUUCAAAUGCAAGAAGCGUGCAAGCUAGAAAUGCAGUAGAACGUGGCCAAAGCGGCGACCCCCAAGCAAUGGGCACAGCUUCCCUCGUCAGCCCGUAA